CUUCGGAUAUAAACACCAGGAGACGAGGGCAGAAUAGGGAACCCGAAUAGGCCGAGUUCAUAAUCAAGGAGGAUCCCGGUUUGUCCCCUCAGAAUUGGAUCUUCGCACGUUAUGAAUUGGUGUUUCUCCUUCCUGUAAAAUGUAGAGAGAGAAAGCCGAGUUGUAGUGAGUGAUGAGUGAGAGAGCAACCACAACAAGAACAACAACCCGAUUCAAUUCAACUCGACCCAACCGAACCGACUCACUCGAGUUGAGCUUGAAGUUGAGUUUUGUUUCUUAACUUUCAGCUUCCCCCACCAUUAUUAUUACAAACUCUUCCGUAAUGAAAAAACCCCUGUAUUUCCAGAGCUGCUUUUUUCCUUCUCAAAUGGUCCUUUACUAUUGUCUCAACUCAUCUCUGAGCCUCUGAAACAGAAAAGACUCCUGCUUUGACCCAGAAACUAUAAACCACAAAGAAAUGAACUUUGUAGCUUCUGCUUAAAGUUUUGAUCUUUGUACCUCUGUUCGAAAUGUAGUGUGCUGGCUUGUUCUUAAACUCUGAGCUUCGGAGCUUUAUUUGGAUUGAAAAAUUUGGGUUUGGGUUUGGGUUUAUUUUCAUGGUGUGGAUGAGUAUUGCUUCAAGCCCAUGAAGAACUGUCAGUGGUAUAAGCAGAUUUCCAACAAUGGCAAACCACAGAGGAGACUGUCGCUUGGAGAAUACAAGAGGGCAGUUUCGUGGUCCAAGUACUUGGUCUCUCCUGGAGCUGAGAUUAAAGGCGAAGCUGAAGAAGAUUGGGGUGCUGACAUGUCCCAAUUGUACAUUGGCUGCAAAUUCGCUUCAGGGAGACAUAGCAGGAUUUACAGAGGAGUUUAUAAGCAGAAGGAUGUGGCGAUUAAGCUUAUAAGCCAGCCGGAGGAGGAUGCCGACUUGGCCGUUUUGCUUGAAAACCAGUUCACUUCUGAAGUGGCUUUGCUGUUUCGAUUGCAGCACCCGAACAUCCUCACAUUUGUUGGAGCUUGCAAGAAGCCUCCUGUGUUCUGCAUAAUCACCGAGUAUUUAUCUGGAGGAUCGUUAAGAAAGUAUCUCCAUCAGCAGGAGCCGCAUUCUCUUCCACUCAGCCUAGUUCUCAAACUAGCCCUUGACAUUGCACGAGGGAUGCAGUAUCUUCAUUCUCAAGGUAUACUUCAUAGGGAUCUCAAGUCGGAAAAUCUAUUGCUAGGAGAGGAUAUGUCUGUGAAAGUCGCGGAUUUUGGUAUAUCAUGUUUGGAAUCACAGUGCGGCAGUGCAAAAGGGUUCACCGGAACUUACCGUUGGAUGGCACCUGAAAUGAUCAAAGAGAAACACCAUACAAAAAAGGUUGAUGUUUACAGUUUUGGGAUAGUUCUUUGGGAACUUUUAACAGCGCUGACACCAUUUGACAACAUGACUCCGGAACAGGCGGCAUUUGCAGUGUCACAGAAGAAUGCAAGACCUCCUUUGCCGCCCACAUGCCCGCCGGCAGUUAGUCGUCUCAUCAACCGAUGUUGGUCAAGUCGUCCAGCAAAGAGACCGCAUUUCGAUGAGAUAGUUUACAUUUUGGAAGGUUAUGCAGAGUCCCUUGAGCAGAAGCCAGAUUUUUUCUCAUCCCACAAAUCUCUCCAAGAUCAGACCCUUUUCGGAUGCUUUUCAAAAUUGCUCGGUCGCCAUUGAUCUUCUUAUUGAAACCUGGGAUUUUUUGAAGAAUUAUCAUUGUUGAAUACCAAAUGCUUUUCUCUAUCAAGGUUCACAUCUUCAUACAAUUAUUAUUGA